ACUGCGAGCCAGAGGAAGUGUCUGACUGGUCCUUCGAUGAGAACUGUCUCUUCUGCUGCUUAAGACGUGAGAAAACCAAGGAGCACAGCGUGGAGAACGGUGGAGGCAGCCACGUGCUGUCGGAGUGUGACGACUUCAAACAGGGCCAGUCUCGGAUCAGCCGGCUGGAGAGACAGGCCCGAGACUUCCUCAAUGCUGUGUUCCACAGAAAAGACCUCCCAAGUUUCUCAGACCCUCACAUUCCUCUAGUGGCUCGUGAGAUCAUGCAGCGAAUGAUCCACCAGUUCGCUGCCGAAUAUACCUCAAAAACUACUCAGGACGACCCGCCCCUGCCCAACGGCACCACGAAGGACCAAAGCCUGCCGAGAGCAUCGUCUCUGGCCCCGGCCCCCAGCUCCCCUUCCGCUCCGGUGCCAAGCUCUCCUCCAUCGUCUGCCUCCUCCUCUCCAUCCCCAACCCCGGGAGCAGGCUUCAGCCCCACCUCUGCUGCUGCUGUCUCAGCACCCGCCUGCACCCAGAGCAGCAACGGAAGGGGAGCCAGCAACAGUGGGGGAGGAGGGGGCACAGCUGCUGCCUCUGCACAGAACCCCGUCCUCAGUAAACUUCUCAUGGCUGACCAGGACACCCCGCUGGACCUCACUGUUAAAAAGAACCAGGCUGAUCCUGAGCCCAGUCAGCAAGAUGGUGUCCUGGACCUCUCCACUAAGAAGAGCAACAGCAACAAUGGUGGAAGCCCUAAAGCCUUCACCACUGCUCCUGGGGCCAAGGGACAUUUGCCUAAAGCAGAACAUACCCUGUCAGAGGUUGAGGAAGAAGAUGGCCCCCUGCAGAGAAGUUUGCAGGAUGGACUGAGGGAGAACUACGUCAACUCCAACUCCUUCAAGCCCCCAUUAGCCCGUUCACUGCGCAUCAAAGAAGAGCUCCUCAGCCAGAAGCACCGCCUUUUGAGUCAGCCCACUGCCCUCUCAUUGGCUAACCUAGAGUCAGCUGCUUUGUUAAAUCAUGGGCAGUCCCACUCCAUGCUUAGUCAGAAGGGCAAUUCCUCUUUUUGGGGAAGCAAGGCCCACCUUGAAAGCCUGAUGAAACUAAAGCAGGCUGGUGGAGCUUUAAGUGACCUCAAAGACCUGCCUACAAUCCUAGAGAAUCACCACCAAAACCACCAUGGAGCCUUCUCCUAUAAAAAAUCCCUCCACCAUCACAGCCACAAUCAAGUCUCAAAGGCCCAACAUCAUCACAAUGAGGGCAAGAGAGAGCAGGGCCAUUCACCGCCAGUUGACCUAAAAAUCCCCCAAGUUCGAGGGAUGGAUCUUUCCUGGGAUUCCCAUGCCUCUGAGCUGUAUGGUUAUGGAACCGUGGGGUCAGGGGGAGGUGGCCAUGGUGAAAAUAUCCUAAGUCGGAAACUGAGAGCCAUCCUGCCCAAGCAGAACCGCAGAGGAGGCAGUCUUGGAAGUCUGCUGGAUGGGGCAGCCGAUUAUUGGAGCUCUGAUUUGGACCACUCCAGUUCUGGGCCAGCGUAUUCCAUCUCUGAUGUGGAAGGAGACCCAAACUCCAAGCAGCCAAGAAAGAAGAGGGGUCGCUAUCGUCAAUACAACAGUGAGAUUCUGGAGGAAGCCAUAGCUGUAGUGAUGAGUGGGAAGAUGAGUGUGUCUAAGGCACAAAACAUGUAUGGGAUCCCACACAGCACCCUUGAGUACAAGGUAAAGGAGCGCAUGGGGACACUGAAGAACCCUCCAAAAAAGAAGCUCAAGCUGAUGAUGAAAAUGGAUGCCGGCGGUCAGGAUUUUGCCACAGAAUCGGAGAACACACCCACUACAACCCCACGCGAUGACGGCCUGCCGCUCGCAGCUGCUGAGCUCAAGGACAGCGUAAAAGAAGAGGAGGAUGACGAUAUCAAACCAAUCGACUAAACAACUUACACAUGUAAACCUCAGUCACAUGACCUAAGUAACUUCAAAAUGGAUGGGGCUUUCUUUGUGCCAAUUACUUUGCAGUAUCUGGGUGAGCACAAACGCAGGGAUAACGUGAGGAGGAUUCCUAAAAACAAACUGAAGAAAAAUGACCAGUCGGAGCGAUUUUAUCCUGCGUCACUUGAAAGACGCUGCGCAAGCAUUUGUUUAGCUUUUAUAUCCAAGAGCUUAACAAAUGCAACUAAGGACUAAGUAAAAGACAGCUGAUGAAAAUUUCUAAAGCAUGCUGAUAGCCCCCAGCCCGAAACCCCAAACUCCCCUCUGGUCUGAACUCGACACAGUCAUAUGUUGCUGCUUAUAAAUGCAGUUUGGGUUUUGGGCAAAUUCAGUUUUGGAGGGGAAGUUGAGGGGAAUGUUGAAAAUUUUCAAAGAACUUUGACAGAUUAGUCGUUUUAUAAUUUCCCCAAGUCGUGGAAGCUAGCUGAAAAUUGGUAAGCGAGCUCUGUAUUACCUCUGAAGC